AUGUUUGCCUAUAUCGUGGGUGGUGCUGCAACGUUUAUGCAAUUGUGGCAGUCCCUCGUCGGCGUUUCCACCUCGGAACCUUUCACCGAGUUUGAACCUGAUUCCAAUCAGCUGAUGGACAUCGAGAUGGAGGAGCAUGAAAUGUGGAGCAAGUGCUCGUCGCAAAAGGGACCGAUGCAGAUGAAAAACAACAGGAGAAUGCCGCAACCACUCACCGAAAAGGAUCGAUCUUACAUCGCUGGAAUUAUUUUUGCCUCCGUUCUUGCUGUCACGUUGAUCACAUUGGCAAUCGUUAUGUGGACCUGCAUUCUUUAA